AUGGCCAAGAUCGACUGGCAUGUUGUGCCGUGUCUUUGUGUCAUGUACCUCCUUGCAUUCCUGGAUCGAGUGAAUGUCAGUAACGCGGCCAUUCUUGGGCUCAAAUCCGACCUGCAUCUCGAAACCGGCACCAAGUACAAUACCGCCCUUACCAUCUUCUUCGUUCCCUACAUUAUUUUCGAAAUUCCGUCCAAUGUAUUGAUGAAGAAGCUGAAACCGCAUGCGUGGUUAUCGCUGUGCAUGUUCGGUUUCGGCCUGGUCAUGGUCUGCCAGGGGUUUGUCCAAAACUGGGGUGGGUUGAUGGCGACGCGAUGGUUUCUAGGAAUGUUUGAGACGGGCUUGUUUCCUGGCUGCUUCUACUUGCUGGGCAUGUGGUACAAGCGCAGCGAAGCUCAGAAGCGCUUCAGUUUCUUCUUCGGCUCGACCACCCUCGCUGGUGCCUUUGGUGGUUUGCUUGCAUAUGGACUGGGAAAGAUGGAUGGCAUCCGGGGAUACAGUGGAUGGCGAUGGGUAUUUAUCAUCGAGGGUAUCAUCACCUGUGUGGUCGCCAUUGGCUGCUUCUUCGUGGUUCCCGACUUCCCGGAGGAUGCGAAGUGGCUCACGGAGGAGGAGCGAGAGUUCCUGAAAGACAAGCUGGCCAAGGAUACUGGCAAGGCUGCCGUCGAUGCUAGUAUGAACUGGCGUGAUGUCCUUGCUGUUUUCAAGGACUACAAAAUCUUUAUCGGCGGCUUGAUGUACUUUGGCCAGGUGGUGACAGCUUAUGGCUACGCGUACUUUGCGCCGACCAUUAUCCAGACCUACGGCUACGGAUCCAUCAAAACCCAGCUGUAUUCCAUCCCGCCGUGGGCCGCUGCAUUCGGCUUCUCCAUGCUCAUCGCCUACCUUUCGGAUCGCUUCCAGCACCGUUUCCUCUUCACCAUUAUCCCUAUGCUAGUCGCCAUGGCGGGAUUCGGCGUCCUGCUCAACAUCCACGACAGGGCCCAAUACCACGUCCAGUACGGUGCGCUCUUCCUGGUGACGUGCGGCUGCUACAGCGCGAUGCCAGUACUGGUCUGUUGGUUUGCGAUGAACCUAGGUGGCCACCGACGCCGCAGUGUGGGCACAGCCUGGCAAAUUGGAUUCGGCAACAUCGGCGGCAUCAUCUCCACCUAUUCCUUCCUCGCCAAAGACGCCCCCUUCUACCGCCCCGGCUACAUCAUCGGGGUCUCCUUCCUCUCCUUCUCAGCCGCCAUGUCCAUCGCCUACGCCGCGGCGAUCUGGCACGAGAACCGCAAACGCGACCGCGCGAUCACAGAGGGCCGCAUCGAUCCGCAGCUGGUCCCCGAGGAGGACGAGGCCGCGAUGGGCGAUCUGGCGCCCACAUACCGUUACGCUUAUUGA